ACCAAUAAAUUGUACUGGAAUUAAGAAAGCUUUACGUUAAAACAGAUCUUAGCUUGUACGUUCUUUUGGACUACCAGUAAUCUAAAGUUUUGCCAUCUAUCGUUUUUAUCAUCAUCAUUAUCUAGCCCCCUGGAGCCGCUUAAUCAUAGACAAUUUUUUUCAAGUCACAAAAUAGUAAACAACAUUGCACAAAUACAUUAAGUGACAUCAGAGUGCAAACUAUUUGUCACGCAAUUUUCAGAAAAGACCACCCGCGAUCAACAACUUGUAAUCCCAGUUGUAUUUUAUCGAGUUAACAGAACCAAACAACUCUCAAUCCUAUAGUCAACACAAGUCAUUCAAAAUUUAACGCGAAAUCACAAUUCAAAUAAUUACGCGUAUCAUUUGAGUAUAAAGAGAGACAAUUGCUCCUUAUCCUCAUAUCGUACGAUACUCGAGCUAACUACGAACGAAAUCAAAGACUGUAACGACAUACUCAAGAUGAAGGCUGCUUUUGUUAUUUUCCUGUGCGGUUUGAUUGCCGUCGCCAACACUCUCCCAGUGGAAGGUCCUGAAGCUGGAAAUACUGGACUGUCCAGAGCACAAGUGGCAGCUCUGCUCAAAGUAGUAAUACCACCAUGGGUGACCUGCAUCAACUCGAACUGCAGAUUGGGAUGUGUUGAUCAAGGACAUGUUGCUGGAUAUUGUGCUGCUGGGCAGUGCCAGUGCGUACCCGCUCCAGUUUAACCCGAAUAAAAAUAGUUAAUCGUUGGUUGUGUGUAAAUAUUUGAUAUAAUAAACUCAUGCUCCUACUAUAAAAUAUUGUCUUAAUUUUGACUCUAUGAUUUUCAAUUUGCAUUCUUAGAUUGAUACCCUUUAGUUCAUUGUUGAUUGUAAAUAUGGUAU